GUAAAAGUGACUGCAAACAGAAGUGUGGUCGGGUCUUAGGACAAGAGGAUUGUGUUCUCUUCUGGAGUGUUGAUGCUUGUGGAGUGUUAAAUUAUCAGCUCAGUGACCUUCUCUGUCGUCAUGUCCUUGGUCCAAGGCAUUCUGAGAGCAGCUUUGUGUGUAGCGGACACGAGACGAUGAAGGAAACUGAAGCUGAGACUCAAGUAAAUGUCCCAGAUAAAUUCAGCCAGUGGGAUUCAGAUCUGACUCCAGGCCCCUUGCUCUCAUGGACGCUACACUUUGGGCAAGAAGAGACUGAUAGGAGAGUGAAAAAUGUUUUGAUAACCUUGUACUGGCUGGGAAGAAAAGCACAAAGCAACCCCUAUUAUAAUGGUCCCUAUCUUAAUUUGAAAGCAUUUGAGAAUCUUUUAGGACAAGCUCUGACUAAGGCACUUGAAGACUCCAGCUGUCUGAAAAGAAGUGGACGGGACAGUGGCUACGGUGAUAUCUGGUGUCCUGACCGAGGAGAGUUUCUUGUUCCUCCAGGCAGACAUAAGAGGGACAAUUCCUUUGAAAGCUUGGACUCUUUGGGAUCUCGAUCAUUGACCAGCUGUUCCUCAGAUAUCACACUGAGAGGGGGACGUGAAGGUUUUGAAAGUGACACAGAUUCAGAAUUUACAUUCAAGAUGCAAGAGUAUAACAAAGAUGAUAUGUCCUAUCGGAGGAUUUUGGCUAUAGAGCCAAAGUCUGCUUUGCCAUUCAAUCGUUUUUUACCCAACAAAAGUAGACAGCCAUCCUACAUGCCAGCUCCCUUGAGGAAGAAAAAGCCAGACAAGAAUGAGGAUAACAGAAGAAGUUGGGCAAGUCCGGUCUUCACAGAAGCAGAUGGAACAUUUUCAAGUAACCAGAGGAAGACUUCAGGCACCAAGGUGGAGAACUGGCCAAGAAUCCGAGAAACUUCAAACUCCUCUUGUUUGAAAGAGGAAGAAGAAAAGAUAACAAGCAUACCCAACAUUCUAAAGGAUGAUCUCUAUGUGCGAAAGCUAAGUCCAAUCAUGCCAAAUCCAGGAAAUUCUUUUGAUCAGUUUCUUCCCAAAUGUUGGACCCCUGAAGAUGUGAGCUGGAAAAGAAUAAAAAGGGAAACUUAUAGACCAUGGUAUAAAGAAUUUCAGGGAUUCAGGAAUUCAGACUCUGAGGAUGAGGACUCAGGCUCUGACAGAAGCUCCAUCAUUUUUAGUAGAAUACAAAAAGCAGAGCAUAGGUUAGACAGCAACUGCCAAAGACCUUCACUCUUGCUGGAACUAGCCACCAAACGGGCCAUAAAAUCACGCAACACCCAUGCAGCCAGGAAGACCAGUGGUGCUUCGGAUGAGCCCAGUCAGUUUUUAUUACUUCAGGCUCUCCAAACAUAUUCUGAUGACAUCUUGUCUUCUGAAACAAAUGUUAGAAUUGAUCCCACAUCUGGCCCAAGGCUCAUAACACGCAGAAAGAAUCUCCCUCAUUCACCAGGUUACAGAAGAAAUGACCUCGAGAUGCCAGCUCUGGAUCCUGACUUAGAAAAUGAUGAUUUCUUUGUCAGAAAAACUGGGGCUUUCCACGCAAAUCCAUGUGUUCUCCAAGCUUUUGAGGACUUUAGAAGGUUCUCUGAGCAAGAUGAUCCUGUAGAGCGAGAUAUAAUUUUGCAGUGUAGAGAAGGUGAAAUUAUACUUCCAGAUUUAGAGAAAGAUGACAUGAUUGUUCGUCGAAUUCCAGCACAGAAGAAAGAAAUACCCUUGUCCGGGGCCCCAGAUAGAUACCAUCCAGUCCCUUUUCCUGAACCCUGGACUCUGCCUCCAGAAAUUCAAGCAAAAUUUCUCUGUGUACUUGAAAGGACUUGCCCAUCCAAAGAAACAAGUAAUAGCUGUAGGAUAUUAGUGCCUUCAUAUCGGCAGAAGAAGGACGACAUGUUGACUCGCAAGAUCCAGUCUUCAACACUGGGAACUGCUGUGCCUCCCGUCAGUUUCACUCCUGGCCCUUGCAGCGAGGCUGACUUACAGAAGUGGGAGGCUAUCCGGGAGGCCAGCCGACUUAGGCAUAAGAAACGACUGAUGGUUGAGAGGUCAGAGUGUGUUUCUGCAAGGAUUGGCUUGUUAUGGAUGGUCUCGUGUGACUUUUUCUUGUGCAAAAAAAAAAAAAAAAAGCAGCAUUAGAUUGUUCAGACUUGCAUGUUGUGUGCUGUUUUGAAGCAUCCUAUAAAAAUUUCUUUUGCUUUGAGAAACUUUUAGGCACUUUGUGGAAAAAGUGCAAUUCCAUAUUUGCACAUUUCCUGAGUCUAUUUAAGAUGGUAUAUAUACAAAUCUUGACUUUAGCUCUAAGUU